UCUUUCUUAUUUGAGUCUUCUAGCGGUAAAAGUUACGGAGUAAAGGACUACUCAUACGAAGAAAAGAUAAAAAGGUCACGCUUUAUUCUCUCCACGAGACCAAGGAAACACCAAGCCGUUGGACUUUCCGACUGCCGUCGACGAACACAUUUGACCGGAAGAGGUCAUCCAACAGCAUCUGGGACGAUGAGACAUGGACCACCCCCUGGAAUUGGUGCACAAGUUGAUGAAAUAAAUUAUCUUGUAAUGGAAAAUAAGAGAUUGGCGGCAUCAAUAGCUGCUAUGAGGCGAGAUCGUGCCAUGGCUGAUGAGGAAAUACGUAGACUUAAGGCUCAUAUUAGAAGUGUCGAGACGGAAAGCGAUAUUCAAAUUCGGGUUUUGCUUGAUAAGAUUUCAAGAAUGGAGUUAGGCCUUAAAGCUGGGGACAGUGUAAAGAAGGACUUGCAACAAGCACACAAGGACGCACAAAGCUUAGUGGCAGCUAGACAUGAGCUAAAAUUGAAGGUUCAACAAGCCACUGAGGAGCUUGACAAGUGGCCUACUGACAUUAAGAGGAUUCCUGAGUUGCUUUCUAAACUGGACAGUAUGAAGAUGGAACACCAGCGUCUACGUUCUGCCUUCGAGUAUGAAAAAGGCAUGAACCUUGAUCUAUUGGAACAUAUGCAAGAAAAGGAGAAAAGUCUACUCAGCAUGGACAGGGAGGUUGAAUUCCUACGAGCAGAAAUACUGGCUGUACAGAACAGAGUCCAAGCUCCUAAUGGUGAUGCACACCUAAGUCGAGACGUUCAAUACCCUUGUAUGUACCAGAGCAAAGAUCCGUAUAUUGAUCCAUAUAGAAGAACAGCAAUGGAAGGAAACAGUCCCUUAUAGCAAAUCUGACUCCUACAUUUGGCGCCAUCUUCAAUCCUCCUGAACUGAAGAUUGAAGCAUUGAGAGUAAUGGAACUGAAGAUCUUCACCUGAAUUGCAUUGAUUGAGCCAGUUUUAGUGUUUGCUGGAUUCUUCAACUUCGGUGUGAAGAUCCAAGGAAGUUGAGUUCUAACCCAAGAACUACAGAGUAUAGACAAAUGUCAGGUGUACUUCUUAGCAACCCUCGUUCUUGAAACUGUAGGUUUUUAAUUAAUGAGCUUGUGUUAUUGGGGAAAUUGUGCAACCAGUUUGUAGGUGUGACAAUGUAUAUAUAUAUCUUUGACUAAAUUCCCCCCAAACUCUCAUUUUCCUCGCCGCUUCCCUCGCACAAUCCUGCAUCGAAAUUAAGAUAAUAGGUAAAACCAACCAAAUUAAACAACUAGUGUUUCUUCUUCUUCUUGGUUGUUUCAUUUUCUUUAUAUAAUAGGAGACCUCCAUUAAUGGUAACAAGCGUUUGCUGCAUUCUCAA